GUGUGUGUGUGUGUGUGUGUGUGUGUGUGUGUGUCAGUGACUGACACCAUGUGGUCUUGAAAACACAAGCUCUGUGUUAACUGACCGUAGCAGCUGUCUCUCUCCCUCUCUGUCUGUCUAUGUCUCUCUCUCAAUGGUGUGGGGUAAGAUGGGCUGCUGGAGUUGUGUUGAUCUGGUCCGGUUGAGGAAGUGUUACGGGUGUAUUUCCGGUGGUGGGGUGAUUGUGUUUGUGGUGCGGUCCGUCAGACGGUCUACUGCGUCAGCUGGUUUUGCAUUCAGACUAUCACACAGAAACUCGUCCUGCUGCUAAAAACACUUGAUGGGAGUUUGUGGGAAUAUGUGGUGAUCUGUGAGCAUAAAGAAGAACAAUGAAUCUGAUAUCAGCUACUUUUGGACUUGGACAAGAAUUGAAUAAAUGCUGAUCAGUGAAUGAGAUUGAUUUAUAAUAAACAGAUGGACUUCCCAUGAAAUGUUCUGCAGGUGUCUUCAGGAUGUUUGAGGUUUCAUCAUGUGUCAUGUGCAUCAGAUCAGAGUUUAAUACAUAAUAAACAGCCUCACUUUGAAGGUUUGUCCAGUUUAUCCAUCAUGUUUGGAAAGAAGAAGAAGCGGCUGGAGAUUUCAGCUCCAUCAAACUUUGAGCACCGCGUUCACACCGGCUUCGACCCGCAGGAGCAGAAGUUCACCGGACUGCCGCAGCAGUGGCAGAGUCUGUUAGCCGACACCGCCAACCGACCCAAACCCAUGGUGGACCCGUCCUACAUCACGCCCAUACAGCUCGCACCCAUGAAGAUAUCUCCCAAGAGCGUCCGGUCGGCUGAGUCACCAUUGCGAAAAACGAUCGUCCGCGGGAGCCGACCGCCGAAAGACGCCUCUAUCAACGGACUUUUAGAAGAGUUUGACAGCAUCUCUGUGACGCGCUCAAACUCCCUGAGGAAGGAGAGUCCACCCGGAGCGCUCCAGGCUGCCGGCGGCAAACCGCUCUCUGCAUCAGGAGCAGCCAGCGGUGGCGGGCCCGAGGAAAACGGCUUUGCUCACUAUUACGGCCGUUAUUCAUUUGACUUGGACAGCAGAAAAGGUUUCUCGCUGGACCCGUAUCGGGACAAAGGCAUCCACGAUGGGGACUGGGCGAUCGGACGACACAAUCGUUUCUCUCUUAAACAGAACGGUCACCCCAUCCGGAGUCCGUUCUAUCCCGACGCAAUGCCGCAGAAGUCUUCCGACUAUGCAAAGAUGCCGCCAGACUAUCACGCGUACCUGGAGAGCAAGAUGCGUCUGUCCACCGAUGAGAUGACCCUAAAUCGCAGGAGGGAUUAUUACCGAGCGUCUCUGGGUGGAUCCAGUCAGGAUUACCAGGAACAGCCGCUUGGAACGCCAUCUCGAGUCUCCAUUCACAGUGAGCAGAUGAGCUAUCCUGAUGGAGACUGGGGAUACGGUGCAGGACUUCGAGACGAUUACGACAAAAGGCCAAAGUCUUCGUACAUCACUCAGACGAGUUCUCAGCCCACCAUUCGCCAGCGCUCGCGCUCGGGUUCAGGACUGCAGGAACCCAGUCUGCCGUACGGCAUCAGUGCAUUUAAAGCGGCACCACAGGGACCGUACAGCUCCUACACGUAUCCCAGGCUCUCUGAAAACACAUCCACACUCGUCAUAAGCAAGGGUGAGUACGCAUCUCGGGAUGGAAGUCCUCAGGUGCCCGGGGCUGAGACGUACCCACGGAUGCCCCUCAAACUACCUCAGAGUCACGCCAAACCUGGUUACCCACCUAGUUUCCAGUACCCGCCCUCCUUCCACUACAAACCCUCACCCUAUCAGCACCCGCCGUCGCAGCCCAGCCCGCCCUACACCCCACAGGGGGUGCACUCGCAGCCCUCGUCCCCGUACAUCCCACCCGGCGCAUAUCCUCCUCCCAGCUGGGGCUCAUCGUCGGAGCAACCGCCCUCAAGGGUGUCUCAUGAGCAGUUCCGCGCGGCGCUGCAGCUGGUGGUGAACCCGGGUGACCCGCGGGAAUACUUGGACAACUUCCUGAAGAUCGGCGAGGGCUCCACAGGCAUUGUGUGCAUCGCCACGGAGAAGCACAAUGGCAAACAGGUGGCCGUUAAAAAGAUGGACCUGAGAAAACAGCAACGGCGGGAACUUCUGUUCAAUGAGGUGGUUAUCAUGAGAGAUUACCAUCAUGAGAACGUGGUUGACAUGUAUAACAGUUAUCUGGUUGGAGAUGAACUCUGGGUGGUGAUGGAGUUCUUAGAGGGCGGAGCUUUGACUGACAUCGUCACUCACACCAGGAUGAACGAGGAACAGAUUGCGACGGUUUGUUUGUCGGUGUUGAAAGCAUUGUCGUAUCUUCACACGCAGGGCGUCAUACACCGAGACAUCAAGAGUGAUUCUAUACUGCUCACCAGUGACGGACGGAUUAAACUGUCUGAUUUCGGCUUCUGUGCUCAAGUGUCUAAAGACGUGCCCAAGAGGAAGUCACUGGUUGGCACGCCGUACUGGAUGGCAC